UGUGUCAAAUUAAAGUUGACAUUUGCACACAAACAAAAUACGUUUCUCACAUUCGUAUUUCAUUCCCAAUAUUUAUUUAUAAUUUACCAUGACUUAUAAGCGAAAGAAGUACCAUCACGGUGAUACUCAUCUCAAAAAAAGGUGGAGAGUCAGAAAUAGGAAGAAGGAUCUGGACCAAAUAGACGACGAUAUAAAAGAAGAAAAUGCUGAUAAAUUAUUGAAUCAAAGUGUAGACCUAGACCUGCCUGGUGCAGCGCAGCACUACUGCAUACACUGCGCAAGAUAUUUUAUCGACGAUCAAGCGUUGAAUGAACAUUUCAAAACAAAGGUCCACAAGCGAAGAUUGAAGGCUUUGGAACUAGAACCUUAUACUAUAGAGGAGUCAGAACGCGCGGCAGGCUUUGGAAACUUCAAACUGCCAAGUAAAAGAAAAAUAACCACUCAAAACACUGCGAAAUCAGACGCCGAUGGCGAUGCAAUCAUAGACGAAAUUAGUCCAAGCAAAAAAGUAAAAGUCAGUGAAAAUGAUCCGUAAAAGCCUAACUAAUAUAAUCAAUAAAG